UUCAAAGUUCGCACGCUCGCAACAAACCUCCCAGCCCCAAACUCGUUCCUUGACCCUCUGGUUGUGCAAAGCGUGGCGCAGGGUCCCCGUAACUUACGGGCCGUAAUAGGCAUGAGCCGUGUGCCUCUACCAUGGCGGCCAUGAUGGCCGGGUCCACCCGACGGAAUGGACGGGAACUCAGCUGGCACCAAUCUCGAUCGCAGUCCACUUUCGCGCUCGCCGCCUACUGCGCACUCUGUUGCACAGUCCCUCUCCAGCAUCUGUCAUUUCUGUCACUGACAACGAGAGCAAAGCUCGGAAACGAUGAAAGUACUCGCUCUAUUACAAGCUGCUGUAGUAACAGUAGCAGCUCGACGUGUUGCAGCAUCGAACGCUGACCCCGACGUCGGUGAAGGCUACAAUUUCCUGCAAGACACUGUCGGCGGUGCCACCGAGAAGUUGAUCGGAACGCUUGCCCCCAACGCUCCAGCUGAAACUACCACUUCUCAACAAGGCUCGACCAGUGGCGGGUUCUUCGCACCGUUCGGCACCGACGGGCCAUCCGAGGAACUCUUCGAACGCAAUGGUAGCCUUGAGAAAAUCGUGCCGAUCAUCAACGUUGCUGAGGAAGCGCUCAAUCAGCCCAUUCCUACCAACGACUGGUGGGGCAAUCUCAUUCACGUCACGGAUCUCAAAAACGUGUCCAACUACGCCGCCUGGUCCAACCCGUACGCGGUGAAGCUGCCGCGUGAGGCACCGUACGGACUGCAGACCUGCUACUCGUACACGUACCGGGAGAUUGGGUCGGAGGUCAACGGUACUGUCAAGUACUACAACCACUCGUACCACAACGACCUGACGCUGUCGUCGGAGGAAUUCUUUUCAUACGAGCCGACGUAUGAGGUCUACGAAUGGGACGAAGGAGGUGCUAAGCUGCGUACGUGUGACGAGACUACUGGUAAAUGCAUGGAUUCAGCGCUGGUCAGUGGCAUGGCCUUCGUGUCGGCUAAAUAUGACGGACUCACGCCUCGUAUUGAUACCGAGCACAACAUCACGUACGUGGACGACUCGGCGCCGGGCAAGUUUGUUAUCCACCUGAACAACAGCCAAACGUGGGUACUGUACGCCAGUGACAAGAGCCUUUCACUCCGUGUGGAGGAGUCGGUGGUGUUCUCUGUGAACGCUUCUGGUUCGUCGUUGGUAGCGGACAAGGGGUACUCUGGCACAAUUCGAGUGGCCCUGCUGCCAGAAGACGCGACUGAUGAUACCGUUUACGAUGAAUACGCGGCGUGUAUGGUACUCGGUGGUAGUGUGUCGAUGGAAUCGCGCACGGGUUACACGUUGCAUUGGGACGUGGAGGGCAGUUCGUGUGAGUCGGUGGGCCUGUUGCACUUCGCACUGCCGCACCAGAUCGAGUCGAUGACUGGGUCUCCUACCAAAACGACGAGUCCUGGGGCGAUAAUGAUGCGCUCGGCUACGCGUGGUCUUAUGGUAGGUCAAGUGACGACGAAUCCGACGUGGUCGUUCGUGGAGCCCGAAGCUGACUUCGAGGUGGACUUCUACCCUGCUCGCAAGCCGUCACCGUGGAUUGUUCUGGAGACGGACAUGCUGCGUACGCUACAAAAGGAUAUCAUGGGCAACUGGUCCGACUGGGACGCCGAUAGCUGGUACUACAACGGUAAAUACUUCCAGAAGUAUGCGUCGCUGUGUCUGAUGGCGGCGGACAGCUCGGUGGUGGGUCCAGACACGCUACUCCUGUCGUACUGUCUGGAAAAACUGGAGAAGAUGAUUGAGCCGGUACUCAACAACUCACUGUCGCCGCCGCUCAUGUACGACACGCUGUAUCGUGGAAUCAUCUCGAGCUCGAUCUUCAAGACGGGCAGUAUCUACACCGAGUUCGGCAACGGUAUGUACAAUGACCACCACUACCACUACGGCUACUUCAUCACGGCGUCGGCUAUGCUGAAGCACCUGGACCCAAACUGGUCUCGCAUGCCGGAGCUGGAGCGGAUUAUCUGGACGAUGCUUCGUGACGUGGUAAACCCAAGCGCGGAAGAUAAGUACUUCCCUCGUUUCCGUCAUUUUUCAUGGUACUUGGGUCACUCAUACUCUCACGGUGUGACAUCGAUCGAUAAUGGCAAGGAUGAGGAGAGUACUUCAGAGGAUAUCAAUUUCUUUUACGGUAUGACGUUGUGGGGCCGCGUGACGGGUAAAAAGGCUGUGGAAGAUCUCGGAAGUCUGAUGCUUCGUCUGGAUGCGCACGCUAUUCGCACAUACUUCUUACUGAAGUCGGACAACACGAUUCAUCCGCCUGAGAUUGUCCGUAACCACGUCACGGGCAUCUUCUUCGACAACAAAGUGUACUACAACACUUGGUUUUUGGAUGAGAAGUACGCCAUUCAUGGUAUCCAGAUGAUUCCAGUGUCUCCGAUUAACGAGUUGGCCCGUACCUCGACGUUCGUGGAGCAGGAAUGGAAUGACAUCCUUUCAAAGGAGCCGAUUGUGGUCGAGGUGAACACCACCAUUACCUGGCUCUCGCUCCUCCUAGUAAACGCAGCAACGGUGAACCCGAUGGAGUCGUUGCGCAACCUCAAGAACGCAACGAUGGAUGACGGUCUAUCGCGGUCGUGGGCGCUCUACAACGCUGCCACUCGUUGCCGAGACGAUGUCCACGUCAACACGACUGCUGCCGCUCAAUUGACUGUCAAGGUGUAAUAGUGAGGCUGAAUCUGUUGAUACGUUUGGUGAGAAUCAGAGAGUGCAAUGGAACGCUCCUUCACGACGGCCACAAGGGUAGCUACGAAAUGAUUCCACUGAACUUUGAAUGAGAAGUUGAAAAUUUCUCAAUUAAUGAUCUUGGCUGGAGUUGUUGUCUCCGAUGAAAAAAAUGCACACUGCUGCCAGCGAUGGCUCUCAAUACUUCGGGUAGAACUGACCGCACCGAGAUGCCCGGGCGAUACCAACGCAAAACCUUAGUCAUCGUGCGAAGAGCAUGUUCUAGGUCGUAGCAAAAGUUCUCUCAAGGUGAGAACUCUGGUAUUUAUCGUUGGCGCAACACACCUUUCCGAAGAGCCGUUUGAACAUUGCCUUGGUCUCGGUCGUGGCUUUGUUGAGCUGCCAUGACCACACGAAAACCAAUCAUAUGAAUUCACUACUGUAUUUGCUCUUUCCACUUGCAAAGGCUGAACUCCUGCCUGAAGCGGGCAGCGUCACGACACCACGAUGAAAUCAUGAAAAACCAAAACCCAUUCGUGAGAGAAGCAUUUUUGUGUGCCAGCAAACUUUUUGUGAAGUACUACUUAAGUACGUAGUAG